GUAAGAUCCUUUAUUAACCCACUGUCUCGAACGACACAGGAUUGAAGGAGGAUUCACCGCGCCAUGGAUCAAGACGCGACUGAAACCCAGCCGCUCCCGUAAGAGUAUAGUGUGUAUCUCGUUUCUAGCUGCGCGAAGCAGGCAUGUACGUGGCAUCACCCUGGGUGGCGUCGCUGUCGCAUCUUCUGGAUGUGAUAAUAACACAUCGUAAUCACCUAGCCUUCUUCUCCGUUGAUGCCCUACGUCAACUUCGUGGUAGUUAUUGCUAUCGCGUUCAUAUCCCCAGGAUAAAAUGACAUCUCCUGUUGAGCUUUUCACCCUGCCCGACGGGCGGACCAUUUCCUACGCCCAGUACGGAGACCAUGCCUCGUCUCGAACGAUCUUCUACCACCACGGGUAUCCGUCCAGCCACGGAGAAGCCCUGGCAUUCCAUGACGCCGCACUGCGACACGGUCACCGUAUUAUUAGCGUCGACCGCCCCGGCAUGGGGUCCUCUACCUACCAACCCCAACGCCGGCUUCUCGACUGGCCCGCUGAUCUUCUCGCGAUCGCCGACCACCUGAAGGUCGACCGAUUCGCCGUCCUUGGCGUUUCCGGCGGAGGGCCCUACGUGCUGGCGUGUUGGCAUCAGAUCUCAAGAUCGCGAUGCGUCGGGGCCGGCAUCAUGGGCGGGUUGUUCCCCACUGACUUGGGAUUGUCAGGUAUGCUCGUAGGGAGCCGGAUGCUGUUCUGGGCCGCCCGGUGGUCGCCUCGGCUGGCAGGGAAGAUCCUCGACUUCGGGUUAGGCUCUACCACAAGAAGCACGGAAAACCUCGAAACCUUGGAGAAGACGCUCGGCGAGACGGUGAAAUCUCGGCCAAAGCCGGAUGUCGAAGCCUGGGAGAGUAGCUCUAGUAAUUUCCGCCAAGCACUAACCAGCGGCUUAAAAGGCGCAUUUCAAAACGGACCCGAGGGUUCUGGGUGGGAGGCUCGCUUAUAUGGGUCGGACUGGGGCUUCAAACUCGAAGAGCUCGCCAUAGAGCCUGGUAAAAUGGUUAUAUGGCACGGUGACGAAGAUGUCAACGUUCCCGUUGCCAUGGCUGAAAAGGCCGCAAAGCUUCUUCGAAACGCAGAACUGCGAAUUUCAAAUGGGCAUGCGCAUAUGAGCAUAUUUGUGUCUAAGGCGGACGAGGCUAUAGAGGCAUUAGGCCAGAUGAUUGAUACAGCAUGAGACUUCUUUCUUCCCCGGUGGGGAGGGAGGGGGGACAUUGGUAUGCAAUUUUGAUUAGCGCUACACCACCAGUGUCAAAGGGGAAGACACACGCAGUUUAGAAGCCGACUGCGUAGGAAAACCUACCCAUACAACCCUGCAUGACCAUGUCAGUAUACUAAUGUAGGUGUUAACAUUUACAUUUUCCUGCGAGAACUCCUUAACACGAAAUGUUUCAUCCCAAAUACUGUCAACUAGCUGUUACUUUCCU